AUGACAACAUCGGGGCUCGCAAUUCAUCUCGCCGAUGUCGCCGUGUCGGCGCCGUUGCCGCUUUGGUCGCGGGUCAAGGCGGUGCUGGGCGACGGAUCCUUGGCGCGUCGGCAAAUCUUGCAUUCGAUGAGCGGCUCCUUUGCCCCAGGCUCGAUGACGCUUCUCUUGGGCCAACCAGGCGCGGGCAAGUCGUCGCUCUUGAAGCUUCUGAGCGGCCGCCUCACGCGUAUGCGCAUCGACGGUCGCAUCACGUACAACGGUGUCCCGAUGCCCGAUGCUGCAGCUAGGGCGGCGUACGUGGGUCAGCGCGACGACCACGACGAGUCGCUCACGGUCAAUGAGACGCUUGCGUUCGCAGCUGCUUGUGGCCGCGCGCCGAUGGACACAGCGGCCGUCGUCCAUGCUCUCGGCCUCGGCACGUGCGCCGACACGACGAUUCGCGAGCUCUCAGGCGGCGAGCGCAAGCGUGUCACCUUUGGUGAAAUGGCCUUUGGCGAUGCCCCCAUUGUGUGCUUGGACGAGAUUAGCACCGGUCUCGACAGCGCGACGACGCACCGGCUCGUGUCGCUGCUCAAGGACGUCGCGACCGCGUCUGGCAAAACCGUGGUUGUGGCGCUUUUGCAGCCGACGCCACCCGUCGUCAACCUCUUCGACUCGGUGCUUUUGCUCCAUUGCGGCCACGUGCUGUACCACGGCCCCGUUGUGGACUGCAGCGCGUACUUUGCCUCGAUCGGACUUGUGUGUCCGCUUGAGCGCGACGUCGCGGACUUUCUGCUCGACUUGGGUGCGCCGCAAAUGGCCGCCUACUGCAGUGGGCCGAAUGUGCCCCGGGACAGCGCGUCGCUCGCGUCGGCGUUUCGAGCCUCGCCACUGUACACGCCGUCGGAACCAGUCGUAAUGGCGUCCGUCGCGCCUCUGCCACCAUCGACGGUGGUGUCGCCAUAUCGUGCGCUAUUGAUGCGGCAGCUGCGCAUCUUCUUCCGCAACACGAGCUUUGUGCACAGUCGGCUCGUGACGGUGAUGGUCAUGGGCUUGAUGUACGCAACGACCUUCUACAAUGUCGACCCGGCGACGCCGGCAACAUUGCUCGGUGUUGUCUUUUCAACGUCGAUCUUUCUCGCGCUCGGGCAGAUUGCGACGCUGCCGUCGCUGCUGCUCGGUCGGUCGACGUACUACAAGCACACGCGCAGCCGGUUCUUUUCGCCGUUUGCAUUUGUCGUCGCGCAGUCGCUGGCACCUGUGCCGUUUGCACUUGUGGAGACGCUCAUUUGCGGCAGUCUCGUCUACUGGUUCGCGGGCUUUGCAGCGUCGGCGUCAGCAUUUGGGCUCUUCAUUCUACUGCUCCUGCUCACCAACCUCACGUUUGGCGCGUGGUUUGGCUUGAUUGGCGCGAUUUCGCCGAGCAUGUACAUUGCCGAUCCCAUGGCGCUUCUCACGAUCCUUGUCACGGUCGUCUUCGCAGGCUUCGUCGUCCCGCUGCAGUCGCUGCCACCGUUUUUGAGGUGGAUCUACUGGCUCAACCCGUUGGCGUGGUGCAACCGCGCCAUCACGAUUAGCGAGUAUAUGGCAGCCAAGUACGCGCGUUGCGAGCACCAAGGCAUCGACUAUUGCCAUGCGACCGGCGCGACGUCGUUUGGGCACGCGCAACUGCAGACGCUCGGCCUCCCACACGACGCAGCAUGGGUCGGAUACGGGGUGGUGUUUCUUCUCGGGAGCUACGUCGCCUACGUCGGCGCGACGAUGCUAGCUCUCACCUACGUCGAGUACAACGACGGCCAGGCCCAUCAUGUCGCCGUCGUUCGUACCACGUCGACGACGACGGGCGACUACACCGAGGCGCCGAUGCAUGAACGCAUCGACAUCCACGAACCCCUGCAGGCGGCACCGCCGCAAACGCUCAUGACGCUGGCGUUCCAAGACAUUUCGUACGCAACUCGUGACGGUGUACAGCUCCUCACCAACGUCAGCGGCUACGCGCAGCCGGGGACGAUCACGGCGCUCAUGGGUCCGUCCGGCGCCGGCAAAACGACGCUGCUCGAUGUGCUCGCCGGUCGUAAAACCGCGGGCACGACCACUGGUUGCAUCACGGUCAACGGGGUGCCGACGCAGAGUGUUGCGCGGUACGCGGGCUACUGUGAGCAAGACGACGUGCACUGCGAAGCGACCACGUUCCGAGAAGCACUGCACUUUAGCGCCCUCUUGCGGCAACCGAGCCACGUGCCAACGUCUGCAAAGAUCGCGUUUGCCGAUAUGUGUUUGGCUCUCCUCGACAUGCACAGCCUCGCCGACAAGCUUGUCCGCGGGUCGUCGGUCGAGCAAAUGAAGCGGCUCACGAUCGGCGUCGAGCUCGCGGCGUCGCCGACGAUUCUCUUUUUGGACGAACCGACGUCGGGUCUCGAUGCGCGGUCGGCCAAAAUCGUCAUGGAGAGUGUCCGCCACGUCGCGUCGACCGGGCGCACGGUCGUGUGUACGAUCCACCAGCCGUCGACCGAGGUGUUUGCCCUGUUUGACGCGCUGUUGCUGCUGCAACGGGGCGGGACGACGGCCUUUUUUGGACCGCUCGGGCCCAAAAGUGCGCACUUGCUAUCGUACUUUGAGGCGUGGCACAAGGCGCCACCACAGGACGUCAACCCGGCCACGUGGAUGCUCGAUGUCCUCGCCGACGAUCGCAUCGAUUACGCCGAUCGCUUUCUCAAGUCCAAGGAGCACGAUGCCCUUAUGUCGGCGCUCGCAUCGACCGGUGUCUCGGACCUAUCGGCGCCGUCCGCUGGGGCGCCGCUCGUGACGCAGUGCUACCUCUUGACGACGCGGUUCUUUCGUGUCUACUGGCGCACGCCCGAGAGCCUUCGGACGCGGCUCUACAUUGCAAUGGGCCUCGCACUGCUCUUUGGUCUUGUCUUUGCCGACGUGCGCUACGAGACGUACACUGGUGCGACGGCCGCCGUUGGCAUGGUGUACAUCACGACGACGUACAUGGGCUACAUCAGCUUUAACAGCGCGAUCCCGCUCGCCUCGGAAGCCCGGCGCAGCUAUUACCGCGAACGCGCCGCUUCCACGUAUGCCCCAUUGGCGUAUUUUGUUGGCUCGACGCUCGUGGAAGUACCGUACGCGAUGGCCACGGCCUUGCUCUUUACCGUCAUUUUUGCGCCGCUCGUCGGCAUCGCGACCGCUGCGAUCGGACUCUACACGGUGUACGUGUGCUUGCUGCUGCUGCUGUACGUCUACAUGGGCCAGCUCAUGGUGUACCUGCUUCCGACGCCGGAAACAUCGAUCCUCCUCGGCAUCCUCCUCAACUCGAUCUUCUUCCUCUUCUACGGCUUUGUGCCGCCAUCGUCGCAGAUCCCAUCUUGGUACCAAUGGCUCUACAUAAGCACGCCGCCGCAGUACGGCAUGGCCUUACUGGCCGCCGAGGCCUUUGGGCAGUGUACGAGUCGCAACUCCGUGGGCUGCGGCGUCGUCCACGACGCACCGUUGGCGCUGCGCCGCGCGAUCGGUGUCGACGCACCAAUGGUCCGCGAUUAUGUCGCGUUCGUGUACAAGAUGCGCAUCGACGACCAGACGCGCAACCUCGUCGUGACGGUCUUGAGCAUUCUCGGUGUCCGCCUUCUCGCGCUCGGUGCGCUUCAAUUUGUCCAGUAUCGAAAGCGAUAA